UCUAAUGUGUUGCAUGUGAUGUGUGGUGAUGCAGCAGGAAUGAUUUUCAGGUUUAGUCAGGAAGUUGUGUGGUCUGCAUCUGAUACGCAAACAUUAAUGGCUGCUACUUGCGAUGGACGUAUCUGGACAAUCCCGCUCCACUCUCUCCAAGGGCAAGAAACAACAAUAAAUGACAUUAUCCGGGAUAUUGAUGACCAAUACCUUGUAGCUGUUGAGGAAAGUGUUUUCUGUUUUGUAGUAGCAGAGACGUUUAUGGCAAUUCUGAAACGUUGUCAGUACACCCACUGUCUCUCUGUUUAUGAUCGAGUGAAGAGCACAACAAACUUUACUAAGACAGCUCGACUGCAACUACAUUUUCCAAUCAACAACAGAACACUAACAGACGAAAGUCCUUGUGAUGACGUCACUAAUAUUGUUAUUAAACCUCUUCUAUGUUUAUUGCCUGAUUCUCAGCAGUCGCUGCUUGGCAUGACGUCCAUUGACAGUCGGCUGUUUUCAUGUCUGUGUGGAUCGGAUGCUGGCAAUAGUACGGCCAUCAUAUUGUACGGUGGUGGUGAUGGUGUUGUCAGAUGUAUUGCUGUAUCGGAUCUUGUGGUGAAGACUACACCUGGAGAUGGCGACUCGGACUCUGAUUUUGACUGGGGCGUGCAGACUGACCCUCCUGUUGUCUGUUGCAUUGACCAACCCACACAGUCCCUGCAUGCAGCCGUUCUACCCACCGAAGGAGCUCAGCCUGUCUCGCACAGUUGCAAUUGUAUUGUUGUUGUUGGCUGUUUGGGGCGAAUCAUGUUGAUUAUGGCAGAUGAGGGAAAUCAUCUUGUCUUCCAUGAAUACAAUGUUGACAGUCCCGUCACUGCUUCAUGUGUGGUAGCAUUUCAUUGGCUAAUUCAUGCCACACAAACUGAUACGUACGUAUCCAGUCUAGUACAGACAGAAUACGAACAGACAAUGAUGAGAGAAAAAGUCGUGUUGACUCCAUCGAUGGGACAAACGGAGGAACCACAAAGACGGCAAAUACCUUACUGUUUUACUUUAAAGUCAAUUCCUUUGUCUCUAACUCAUGCAACCUGGAUAUGUCCAGUUGGUGGUGUUGCCACGAAGUCGUGCAUUGCACUCACACAAUCUCGACGUUUAUAUCAGUUUGAAUUCCAAGCAAACACAAAGAGAGACAGUCUAAAACAGCUGUCAACUAAAGCAGGCGAACAGAAACUUAGCGAGAUUCUCGCCAGCUUGAGGGCAACGUCCAACGAGAUGCAUCGUGUUGACAGCGAGAAAACAAGAAUCGACGCGGCGAUUAGAGAUGUGAGCAUCAGUAUGAACAUUUUGUGUGACUUUCUGGACAUUCAUCGUGGUCAGUCUCAACCCGAAACGGCACCACUAAAAAUCUCUAUCAUACCCGUGGUGAGAGACAAGGGAUUACCGGGAUGUGAAGCAAACAUCAAGUGUUACAUACAAAAUGCAUCAAGCUAUGAGUUACCUGCGGGUUGGUUUGUCAUUCUGUCAAUUCAUCCGACUAACGAUACGACGUGUUCUCUGUCUGUCCCACGUUUGCCUCUGUUUCCUACCUCGAUGCGUCAGUUAUCCGUCUCGAGUGUGACACGGUCGUUUCCUCUCAAAAACUUGAAACCUUUCAUGUUUGCCGAGUUCGAAAUUUCGCUUCCUGAGUGGUCACAAGACUCUUUAGUUUCGAUGAGUGUGCGGUGUCUUCUUCACUAUAAUGCCUCGUCGUUGAUUGAUGGUUUCUCUCUCACACCUGUUGGUACGACUGACGUGUCUGCUUGUACAAUUCAUGUGGAGACAACGAAGCUGGAUGUUCUUGAUUUUGUUCGUCCACACACUCGGACGGCUUCUCUGCCUGUGCAGCAAAGUUUCCUUCAAACAGCAAGCAACAUUCAGAUGCUCCUCGAUCAGUUACAGGAACACAAAUCAGAUGGCAACAAAUCAACUGAUGAAAGCCUAGCAGCAUCACGCCCGUCUAUGGCUGCAAUCAAAGUCACUAAUCUUCUUGUUUCGCGGCUUAGUCCGAUGUUGACGUCUUCAGUUGAUUAUUCUAGUUCAACGGUUAGGGGUCCAUCUGUUCUUCUUCGUCGUUUACUCGAACAGAACGCACUUUGCAGUGAAAUGGAGUUGAAGAGUUUUGGGGUACACGUGAGUGUUAAACUCCUCACACCUCUCAAUAUGUGUGUUGACUUGCAAGCUGUGUAUGUUGAGAAAGCUCGAUUGGGACAGAAUAUCACGCAGGGAAUGGCACCUAGAGAUGUCGAGUUAACAAUUUCAAGUUAUGAUGAUGCAACACUGGAGUCUGUUAGGGCAGCUGUAAUGGCUCGCUUUCAGGGCAACACCGAAACACUACAGCCAUCCAGUAGACCAAUAAUGUCUGUCGUUGACGCCCAGAAAGCACUCGAUCAAGUCCAAAUGAUCUGGGCCGAAGCAAGCAGCCUACGAACUACACCGACAAGUGAACACGCUACAGAGUCACACAUGCACACACGAAUCGCAGAACUUCACAAAAAACUGUGCAACGUCCGUCUGCCUUUACUCUAACACACAUACAC